CAAUCGAGCGUUGGUUACUGCACCUAAAAGGCUCUGUUUCUUGGUGAAAGUGAGACGAGCUCUCGAGCGGUAAUCAGUCAUGGACUUGUGUAUAUACACUCCCUCCCACUAAAUUCUCCACCAAACUAGUUAAAGCUUUCUCUUCUCUGCUCUCCUCCCCGCUGUCUACUCUGCACCACAUCAGCACCAAGAAGAAGAUGUCGAUCAAGCACUGCGACAAGCACGACUGCGAGCGGCAGCGGCUGUACCGGCAGUUCUGCGCGGCGCUGGUGGCCAUCAUCCUGCUCAUCCUUCUCAUCGUCCUCAUCGUCUGGCUGGUGCUCCGCCCCACCAAGCCACGCUUCUACCUCAACGACCUCACCGUGGCCUGCCUCAACGCCACCUCCUCCCCGGCGUCCUACCUCACCGUCACCCUGCAGGCCACGAUCGCGGCGCGCAACCCAAACUCGCGCGUCGGCAUCUACUACGACCGCCACGACGCCUACGCCGAGUACAAGGGCCAGCAGGUGACCGUGCCGACGGCGCUGCCCGUUGUGUACCAGGGCCACCUCGACGUGUCGGUGUGGUCGCCGUUCCUGGUCGGGGCCAACGUGGCGCUGCCGCCGUACCUCGCCGUGUCGCUGGCGCAGGACGAGACGGCCGGCUACGUGCUGCUCACGGUGCGGGUGGACGGGUGGAUCAGGUGGAAGGCGGGCGCGUUCAUCACGGGCCACUACCACCUCAGGGUCAGGUGCCCCGCGCUGCUCACCGUCAACGGAGGCCAGGGCAGCUACGGCUCCAUCGCCGGCGGCGGCGGGGACGGGUACUUCCACUUCCAGCGCGCCGCGCCAUGCGUCGUCGACGUCUGAAACUCUCAACUCAACCGUUCCCUUCUUCUGUCCCAUGUCUUAAAUCGAAGCCUUUUGGUUCAGCUGGACCGGCCCUGAAACUAAUUAAGCUCUGCUCUGCUCUGAUCCGGUAAAUAAUAUAGAGUGAAUUAAAUUUGGUUUCGUUUUUAUAUUUUCUUUUACUUCUUUGAUGGGAAACAAUCCAAUAAACAUAUAGUCCAUUGGAUUCAGGCCUUCAGGAAAACUAAGUUGUUUCUAGUGGCGUAUCGCUACAAUUGUAAUUGCUGUAGAGGCAGAGAGCUAUAUAUCAGGAAGAAAGCACUUGUACUACUA